UGUCAAUGACAAGGCAACCUUCUGUACAGCAGCAAGUUACCCCAGUUGCAAAUGAAACUCGUCCUUGUCAAGAAACUGCUUUAGCUCCCGGAGAGAAUUUCCGUAGGGCACCAUAUGUUUGUCAAGAUGCCCUACCUGUUUCCUAUGAACCUAUGAUUAGGACACCAUAUGUUUGUCAUGAACCAGUACCUAUUCCAUGUGAGCCUUUAAUUAGGGCUCCAUAUUAUCAAGAAAUCAUAUCUGCUCCAUAUGACCCCUAUAUGAGGGCCCCAUACUUGGCUCAAGAAGCUAUUCCUGCUCCAUUUGAGCCAGUGAUUUUAGCUCCAACAGUUCGUCCAGAACCUACCGCUGUUCCUGUUCCUAUUCCAUAUGAAACUCUGAUUAUGACUCAGCCUCCUUAUCAAGGACCUGCACCUGGACUUGCUCCAUAUGAAUAUGGGGUUAAAAGUUCACCAGUUCAUCAAGAAAUGAUGCGUCCCGCAUAUGAACCACCAAGAUCACCUAGUCAUCAAAUAUCUGUACCUGCUGUAUGUGACACCAAUACAUUGUCUGCUUCACCACCAUCUGAACCUGUACGUCAGACUGUGUCUUCACCACGUCAAGUAGAACUUACACCUGUUCUUUAUAGUAGCAAAACCUUGGGAAUGUGUCAGGCAUCUGCCUCGAUUACAUCCUCACCUGCUCGAGUUUCAUCCCCACCCACAUCUCAAUAUGAAAAUAAAUCUCCAUCUGCUUACCAAGCACCAAUGACAGCUCAAUAUCAGUCUCCACCAAUUUACUCACAACCCGUACCAUCUCCAUUUCAACCUUAUUAUCAAGCAGCUCCUCAAUAUGCAAAUAUGUCUUCUGUUGUUUACCAGCCCUUAUCAUCUCAAUAUAGUAGAAGGUCUCCACCUGUUUAUCAACAGACCACAUCUCCUCAACAUCCAUUAAUCAGCCAGCAAUCAGCACCUCUUGGAUAUGAUCCUUGUCCUCCAUCAAUUGAGGAUAAGGCUGGUUAUCAGUCAAUCGCUGUUGAGACUUCAUUAUCUCGACAGGUUCCACAAUUGUCAGCUGUUGCAACUGGUGAGAUCAUAUCUGUUUGUGAGGAUCAUUCAUGUGAUCAAUGCAAGAAGGUACCAUCCAUUCAGCAAGUUCAGAUGGCUCCUUCUGGCAAUGUGACGUCUUUUUGUGAAGAGCAUUCAUGUGAGCAUUGUAAAGAGGCUGCACUUAUGACUCAAGAAAAAAUCUGUACAAGUGGUGGAAUCACAGUUGAUGAAUGUAAAACGACGCCAUCUGCUCCAAGUGGCGAUAUCUCAGCUGUUUGUAAUGAACAUAUAUGUGAUCAAUGCAAGAAGUCAUUUUCUUGUAAGAAGUUAUCUUCUGCUGCAAGUGGUGAUGUCUUAGCUGUUUGUAAGGAACACUCAUGUGAUAAAUGUAACCAGGGGUUAGCUAGUCAUCAACAAUUAUCCUCUGUUCCAAGUGGUGAUGUCUCAGCAGUCUGUGAAGAACAUUCAUGUGAUUUGUGUAAAAAGUCAACUCCUCAAGGAGCAACUUCUCCAAGUGGUGAUGUCUUAGUUGUUUGUGAAGAACAUUCAUGUGAUCAAUGCAAAGCAUCAUCUGCUGAUCAACAAGUAUCUUCAUCUUCAAGUGACAAGGUCUCGGCUGUUUGUGAAGAACAUUCAUGUGAUCAAUGCAAACAGUCAUCAACAGAUCAACCAAUAUCCUCAUCUCCAAGUGGUAAGGUCUCAGCUGUUUGUGAAGAACAUUCAUGUGAUCAAUGCAAAACAUCAUCUACUGAUCAACGAAUAUCCUCAUCUCCAAGUGGCAAGGUCUCAGCUGUUUGUGUAGAACAUUCAUGUGAUCAAUGCAAAACAUCAUCUACUGAUCAACGAAUAUCCUCAUCUCCAAGUGGCAAGGUCUCAGCUGUUUGUGAAGAACAUUCAUGUGAUCAAUGCAAAACAUCAUCUACUGAUCAACGAGUAUCCGCAUCUCCAAGUGGCAAGGUCUCAGCUGUUUGUGAAGAACAUUCAUGUGAUCAAUGCAAAAAGUCUUCAACUCCUCAACAAUCAGCCUCUGCUCCAAGUAGUGAUGUUUCAGCUGUUUGUGAAGAACAUUCAUGUGAUCAAUGCAAGAAGUCAGAUACUCAACAAGUAUCCUCAGCUUCAGGUGGCAAAGUCUCAGUUGUUUGUGAAGAACAUUCAUGUGAUCAAUGCAAUAAAUCAGAUAUUCAACCAUUAUCCUCUGCUGCAAGUGGCAAUGCCUCACCCGCAUGUGAGGAACAUUCAUGCGAUCUAUGCAAGAAGUCAGCAAGCAGUCGACAGUUUUCAUCUGCUCCAAGUGGCAAAGUCUCAGCUGUUUGUGAAGAACAUUCAUGUGAUCAAUGUAAGUCAAACACUCAUCAACAAAGAUCCUCUGCCCCAACUGGCAAUGUCUCACCCACUUGUGAGGAACAUUCAUGUGAUCUAUGCAAAAAGAAGUCAGCAAGCAGUCAACAGUUUUUGUCUGCUCCAAGUGGCAAUCUCUCAUCAAUCUGCGAAGAACAUUCAUGUGAUCAAUGUAAAAAGUCAUCGGCUUUUCAAGGGUUAUCAUCUGCAGGUAGCGGUGACUUCACAUCUGUGUGUGGAAAACAUUCAUGUGAUCAGUGUAAGAAAUCAUCAACCUCUCAACGGGCUUCACUUGCUCCUAGUGGUGAUCUUUCAGCUAGUUGUGAGGAACAUUCAUGUGACUUAUGUAAGAAGCCAUCUUCCAAUCAACAGGUAUCGUCUGCUCCAAGUGGCUGCCAAGACCCUUCAUGUGAUCAAUGCAAGAAGAAGUCAUCCAAUUGUUUAACUGUCUUUUCUGCUCCAAGUGGUGACGUAUCAGCUGGUUGUCAAGAACAUUCUUGUGAUCAAUGUAAGAAACCAUCAUCAACUUCUCAGUGGGUUUCAUCUGCUCCAAGUGGUGAUCUCUCACCUAUUUGUGAGGAACAUUCAUGUGACCUAUGUAAGAAGUCAUCUACCAAUCAACAGUUCAUGUCUGUUCCAAGUGGUGACCUCUCAACAGGCUGCCAAGACCCUUCAUGCAACCAGUGCAAGAAAAAGUCAUCCACCUCUCAACAGUUUUUAUCUGUUCCAAGUAGUGACCGCUCAACUGGUUGUCAAGAACAUUCAUGUGAUCAGUGUAGAAAAGCAUCUUCAUCUGGUCAAGGUUUUUCAUUUGCUGCAAGUAGGAAUGUCUCAUCUGGCUGUCAGGAUCCUUCUUGUGAUCAGUGUAGGAAGGUAUCCUCCACUUGUCAAGAUUAUUCAUCUGGUCUAAGUAUUAAUGCCUCAAGUAGUUGCCAAGACCAUUCAUGUGAUCAGUGUAGGAAGGUGUCAUCCACUUGUCAAGAUUAUUCAUCUCCAAGUACCAAUGCCUCUUCUAGUUGUCAAGAUCAUACAUGUGAUUUAUGCAGGAAGAUAUCUUCUACUCAAGGUUAUUCAUCAGCUCCAACGGGUGAAGCAUCAUCUGUUUGUCAAGAGCACACAUGUGAUCAAUGCCAGAGCGAGUCAUCUGCUCAUCAAGACUUCAACUCAGCUGUAAGUUGCAAUGCCUCUUCUAGUUUUCAAGAACACUCAUGUGAUCAAUGUAAAAAGUCAUCAUCUACUUGUCAAGAUUAUUCAUCUGAUCCAAGCCGCAGUGUCUCAUUUGGUCUUCAAGAACAUUCAUGUGAUCAAUGUAGAAAGGACGUAUCCACUAGUCAAGAAUUUAAGCCAUGUGGAGUAUGUGCAGAAUGUGUCUCAAAAGGCUCUAGUCAGAAUUUAAGAAGUGGUCAAGACAUUCAGGUUCCCACUUUGCAGUGUUUGUAUAAAGCUUCAUCUUCUGCAGCUGGUCCACAGUAUAGCACAUCAACUGAUCCAUCAACAACUUUUAGUCCACAGAACAGUAUAUGCAAGGCUCCACCCUUUAAUCAAGGAAGUCCUGAUAGAGGUAAUUAUGACACAGUACCCACCAAUAAGCCACUUUUCAUGCAUCUUUCCACAAAAUGUUGCAUUGUGAACUACAGUGAUUCAGCAACAUGUGUCGAUCCUGUAACUUACCAUGAAUCCACAAUUCACCAAGUGUCAGAAAUCCACUUGAAGGAUAAAUCGGGAACAUCUAGUGAUAGAGCAGCUGAGCAUAAAGAAGAGACAGAGAGUGAUGUAUGUCCUCUUGAGGAAACUGCAGAAGAAGACAACAGAGCAGAGGAAGUAUUACCCUGUACUCUGUAUGAAGAAGACACAUCCUAUCAUAGCUCUACAGAUUCUGUAUGUGGGAGAUCAGAAGAAGAUGCUCAGGAAAAAAUAUGCACUAGUGAAACAGAAGCCGGUAUUCAGGAGUCUGAAAAGUCUGAUGAUGGUGAUAGUUGCCCAUUACAUUCAUCUAGUAAAGACGAGGCUUCAACACCUUCGCCCAUUGGGAGAACAUCAGACUCCAGUGCAGUUUGCCCUCUAGAAGAAAGUUCUUCAAAGACAGCAGCAGCUGCAAAGACUGAUUCUGCAGAAGAGGAUCUUAUUGCAUCUUGUCCAGAGGGAAAGGAUGCUGAGGGAAAUGACAAACAAUUACCCUGCCUUGUUGAUAAGGGCUUUAAACUAGUAUAUGGUAGAAUUGAUCAGUUGGGAACUAAGAUGGAUGAUCUAAUUGGCAGUAUUAAAAUUCUUGCUGAUGUUAUGUCCAAGGAGCAAAGUGCAGAAGGGAAACGCCAAGGAGCGGAACCUACCACAGAUAGCACAAAAGUAGCAUCACCAGAAGCAAAAUCUCCAGAAACAACAAUACCUGCAUUAACACCUCCAGGAGCAACUUCACCUGGAGCAAAGUCCCCAGGAACAACAAUACCUGGAGCAAAGUCCCCAGGAACAACAACACCUGGAGCAAAGUCCCCAGGAACAACAACACCUGGAGCAAAAUCCCCAGGAACAACAACACCUGGAGCAAAAUCCCCAGGAACAACAACACCUGGAGCAAAAUCCCCAGGAACAACGACACCUGGGGUAACAACACCAGGAGUAACAACACCUGGGGCAAAAUCCCCAGAAACAACGACACCUGGGGUAGCAUCACCAAGAGUAACAACACCUGGGGCAAAAUCCCCAGAAACAACAACACCUGGAGCAAAAUCCCCAGAAACAAUGACACCUGGGGUAGCAUCACCAGGAGUAACAACACCUGGGGCAAAAUCCCCAGAAACAACAACACCUGGGGUAACAACACCAGGAGUAACAACACCUGGAGCAAAAUCACCAGGAACAACAACACCUGGGGCAGCAACACCCGGUGCAAAAUCACCAGAAGCAACGACACCCGGGGUAACAACACCUGGAGAAUCAUCACCAGGAGCAAUGACACCUGGAAAAAUUACACCAGAAGUAGUUGCAUCAGGUACAAAGACACCAGAAGCAGUAACCCCAGAUCCAGUGGCACCAGAAACAGCAAGUCCAGGAGCAAAAACUCCAGAACUGGAAGCAGAAGCAGUAGAAGAAAAAGAAGAUUAAAUGACAGAACCAGGACAACAUUUCAUCCUACCUUCUUCCAACUUUCUUAAGCAAAGACUUAAGAAAAAAAGGUUGAAGACAAUAAGUUACGAUAGUGAGACCUGGUACUUUAAAGAAACAUGUAUUAAUGUGUGCAAUAAAGAUCUUCU